AUGGGGUCCGACGAUUAUGCUGCCGUCGGUGGCGGGGGCGCCUUGAAGCUUAAGGGCGCCAAGAUCAAUAAGAAAAAGAAGAAGCGCGACAAGACCGAUCUAGAGAAGAACCUCGACACUGGAAGCAAGGACGAAGAGAAGAGGAAGAGGAAGAAGAAGGACGGAGACGAUGAGCCUCGCCACGAAGAUGACGAGGAGAAGCCGGAGGUGCAGAAAACCGAGUCUCAGAAGCGCCAUGAAGAAAUUAAGAAGAAGAGGCUCCUUCAACUGGCCGAAUCGUCUGGGUCACGACCUGAGCUUCUCAAGACACACAAAGAGCGUGUCGAGGAACUUAACACAUACUUGUCAAAACUAAGCGAGCACCAUGAUAUGCCUAGGAUAGGUCCUGGCUGA